AUGCUGAUGAUUAUCUGGUUCCAGUUGUCUCUAACCGGUCGCCUUGUGCGUCUCGUUAACAUUCCCCCGUCACCUCCUCCCGGCUCCCGGCUCCUCAGUCUGACAAAGACGUUCUUUAUGUUCGUGGAGACGGGUCCCUGUCUGCUCGCAUGCAUCUGUUUGGGGAAAGGAACCUCCUCUCGGGGGUGGGGCUGUGUUGGGGGCUCCCUCUUAGAUCUGGGAAUUGGGAAGAACGUGAUCUGCGACCGCACCGCCACGCCUCUGGACGCCUUCCGCAUGAUGUCGGCGGCGCAGUAUUACCCCAAACUGCUGAGCAUCAUGGGUAACGUGCUGCGCUUCCUGCCCGCCUUUGUGCGCAUGAAAGAACUGCUGGAGGAGGGAUACGUGGGAGAGCUGCUGGUGUGCGAGGCCCAGGUGCACAGCGGCAGCCUGCUGGGGAAGAAGUACAACUGGAGCUGUGACGACCUGAUGGGGGGCGGCGGCCUGCACAGCGUGGGCAGCUACAUCAUCGACCUGCUGAGCUUCCUGACCGGACAGCGCGCCCUGAAGGUGCACGGCUUCCUCAAGACCUUCGUGAAGCAGACGCCACACAUCUGCGGCAUCCGGCAGAUCACCAGCGACGACUUCUGCACCUUCCAGAUGGCGCUGGAGGGCGGCGCCUGCUGCACGGUCACGCUGAACUUUAACGUGCCCGGCGAGUUCCGGCAGGAGGUGGUGGUGGUGGGCAGCGCCGGGAGACUCACGGUGAACGGGACCGACCUGUACGGGCAGAAGAACGCCACCGGGAGCGACCAGUGCGAGCAGAGGAACGCCAGUGGCCCCGAGCUGCUGCUGAAAGACUCUACGCCGCUGGACAAGUCGGCGCUCCCAGAGAACGCCGUCUGCGACAUCCCCACGGCGAUCCCGAGGCCGUACCUGAUCGGGACCAUACGGAUGAUCCAGGCAGUACGCGAGGCCUUCCAGGACCAGGAGGAUCGGCGCACGUGGGACGGCCGGCCUCUGACCAUGGCGGCCACCUUUGAAGACUGUCUGUACGCACUGUGUGUAGUGGACACCAUCAAGAAGUCGCACCAGAGCGGAGAGUGGCAGAGCAUCACGGUGAUGACGGAGGAGCCAGAGAUCAGCCCCGCCUUCCUGAUCAGCGAGGCCAUGAGGCGCAGCCGCAUGUCGCUCUACUGCUAA